GAGAGAGAGAGAGGGAGGGAGAGAGAGGGAGAGAGAGGGAGAGAGAGGGAGAGAGAGGGAGAGAGGGAGAGAGAGAGAGAGAGAGAGAGAGAGAGAGAGAGAGAGAGAGAGAGAGAGGUUUUCUUUUUCUUUUGCUUGGAGAACUGUUAAGUUUUCUAAGCGGACAUCAUGUGAAAGGAUGAGUUGAAGGUCUCUUUGUCUGGCAAAGAGUUUAGAGCCUUGAUUCAGUUGCAAAGAAGCCAAAUGAAGUUAGAAACAAAGGGCAAAUUGAAGAAUUCCGACUCUUGGCUUUUUGUGUUUUCCUUACUAGAAAAUAAUUAGACCUAAUGAAUAUGCAGGCGCUAAGGCUAAAUCCUGGGCCAAGCUGAUGGGCUUAAAACUGAGCUAAGUAGAACCGCAACCUCCAUCGCCCCCGGCUCCACAUCCGCGUGCAGUUUUUGAAAUGUAUAAAUGUCGCCCGGUUUAAUUGAUUGAGUUACAGGGAUUUUCCCCCUGCUUUUACGUGCCAUACCCCUCUACCUUUCAACAAUCAUUUUAAUAUAUAGUCAAUGGUUCUUUGUGGAUGGGACAAAAAGCAACUACGCGCAGUUGUUGAAUAGACUUUGCGCUGGGCAAAGACAGGUUAAUCGAGGGCCGCAUCGCGAAAACAAGCGAGUGUUGUAUGUUUGCACGGAAUCCAAAUGUCUGCAUUUUCCUAACUAAAUCAAAGGGAGUGUUAUUUCUUUUUCUGCUCACUCAUCUGAAGCCUUGAUUCGAGGCCCUCUCGGCAGAGACUGAGCGGCGAGAAAGUGAGAGCCCGGCCCGCGCGGUUCGAGCGGCUGGCGCUGGAGCCCGCCUUCUACCGGCCGGCAGUCAUCUCUCUUGCCUGCCUUUGGCCGGGCGGGUGCCGGCUAGCGCCUGGCCGUUGCCUGCUGGCUGAGACUUCGUUAGGUGGGUCGACUCCCCCUCCCUCCUCCUCUUCUUCCUCCUCUUCCUCCGCCUCCCGUUCCUCCUCCUCCUGAUCUUCCCUCCUUGGCGGGCGAGGGUGGGGGGGGGCGGGGGAGGCCGGGGCUUGCCCCGUGCAGCCACGAUGCUCCUGGACGCCGGACCCCAGUAUCCCGCGAUUGGUGUGACCACCUUUGGUGCAUCCCGGCACCACUCGGCGGGCGACGUGGCCGAGAGAGACGUGGGCCUGGGUAUCAACCCGUUCGCCGACGGCAUGGGCGCCUUCAAGCUCAACCCCAGUUCGCACGAACUGGCCUCGGCUGGCCAGACAGCCUUCACGUCGCAGGCUCCGGGCUACGCCGCUGCUGCGGCCCUGGGCCACCAUCACCACCCCGGCCACGUCGGCUCCUACUCCAGCGCUGCUUUCAAUUCUACCCGGGACUUUCUGUUCCGCAACCGGGGCUUCGGCGACGCGGCGGCGGCAGCUAGCGCCCAGCACAGUCUCUUCGCUGCUUCGGCCGGCGGCUUUGGGGGCCCACACGGCCAUACGGACGCCGCGGGCCACCUCCUUUUUUCUGGGCUUCACGAGCAGGCGGCUGGCCACGCUUCGCCCAACGUGGUUAACGGGCAGAUGCGGCUAGGUUUCUCCGGGGACAUGUACCCACGGCCGGAACAGUACGGCCAGGUGACCAGCCCGCGAUCCGAGCACUAUGCUGCCCCGCAGCUUCACGGCUAUGGGCCCAUGAACGUGAACAUGGCUGCACAUCACGGGGCUGGAGCCUUCUUCCGCUAUAUGCGCCAACCCAUCAAGCAAGAGCUUAUCUGUAAAUGGAUCGAGCCGGAGCAGCUGGCCAACCCCAAAAAGUCGUGCAACAAAACUUUCAGCACCAUGCACGAGCUGGUCACGCACGUCACGGUGGAGCACGUCGGCGGCCCAGAGCAGAGCAACCACAUCUGCUUCUGGGAGGAGUGUCCACGCGAGGGCAAGCCCUUCAAAGCCAAAUACAAACUGGUCAACCACAUCCGAGUGCACACAGGCGAAAAGCCUUUUCCCUGCCCGUUUCCUGGCUGCGGCAAGGUUUUCGCGCGUUCAGAGAACCUCAAGAUCCACAAAAGGACACACACAGGGGAGAAGCCCUUCAAGUGCGAGUUCGAGGGCUGCGACCGGCGCUUCGCCAACAGCAGCGACCGCAAGAAGCACAUGCACGUGCACACGAGCGACAAGCCCUACCUUUGCAAGAUGUGCGAUAAGUCCUACACGCACCCCAGCUCUCUGCGUAAACACAUGAAGGUCCAUGAGUCCUCUUCUCAGGGCUCACAGCCUUCGCCCGCCGCCAGCUCGGGGUAUGAGUCGUCCACGCCACCCACCAUCGUGUCUCCCACAACAGACAACCCGACCACCAGCUCCAUGUCGCCCUCCUCCUCCGCGGUUCACCACACAGCCGGCCACAGCGCGCUCUCUUCCAAUUUUAACGAAUGGUACGUUUAAAAUCAGAAACAAAACAUGCCGACCCCCUAUUUAAGAGACUGAACACACACGUAUAUACGCCGUAUUAUUGAAAGAAUCCUGAAACUCGAGACACCCCUCGUCCCGAUCCCGCAAACGUUUUUAUUUUUAUUUUUGUUGUUGUUGUUGUUUGUUUGAUUUUGUUUUUAAAUCUGCCGGUAAAUCCAGGACUGAGUAAAACAGAGGAGGCAGCAAGCCUUUAGGUUUUUUCACUCCAAAUUUUUCCUUCCCCCACCCACCUCUGAAAAGGUUUGGUAGCUGAAGGGCGGAAGGGGGUGGAAGAGAAGGCGGCUGCCUGACCGAACACCGCCAAAGGCCCCAGGGCCAAUUUCUUGUUGGAUCAGAACAAGCUCUCUGGGGCUUCAGCUUUUCUUUAUCUUUUUGUUUUGUUUUCUUGUAAAUACAGAAUUAUUAGCUUAAAUCUGUUCUGUUGGAUUCUGUAUAUAGCUACACUUCGGUUGGAGUGGGUGGGUGGGAUCGUGGCGUGGUGGUCUUUGCCUUGGGGAGGGGAGGGCCAGAGGGAGGGGGAGGGGGAGGGGAGGGGCGGCCGAAAGCCAACUGUUUGUACUGAAUGGCAAGAAUGUUCUAGUAAAUGUGUACCAAAAUGUGAACUACUUUGUACGAUUACAGUCUCCACGUCGACCUAACAGAAUAUUAUUGAUAUUAAUGUGCUUUUUUUUGUAUAAAGUGCAAACAUUUCGUCCCAAAGUCUGAGUACUUUAGUGCAGUAAAAUGUUGUUUCAUGUCCUGUCAAGAAUUCGUAUAGUACGAGCCUGGAUCUACGUGUCAAACUGUUCCAUUUGUUUAUGUAAAGUGAUAUUAAAAAGAUAUAAACUAUAGCUGUCCAUUGCUUUUGGCAAAAUAUACAACCACACAAUGUAUAUAAUUCCUAGUUUCCAUAUUUAUCCGCAUGUAAAGGGUCUGGUUUAUUCAUGUUACAGCUAUUCAAUAUUUAUGGCUAGUAAAAAAAAAAAAAAAACUCGUAUGUACACUUUAGUUUCCAGAACUGUUUGGUAACCUUUCGUACGUUAUUAAAGAUUCUUAAAUCUCAGUGAUUGUGGUAGGAAUUUCUUCGUCACGCUCCCUUCCCCCAGCAACCUGUGCCAGCUUUAGUGGAUCUUGGGAAAGCUCUCCAGCCUCUCUUGCCUUCUUCUCUGUCAUUGCUGGUCAUAUAAACUUGAUAAAUGAACGCUACCCUGCUGGCUCUCCGAGAGGGUGUAAUUAGUAUUUAUAUCAAAAUUUAUGAAACAAAUUUUCGGCCUCAGUAUAAUUUAAAUGACCUUUGCAGACAUAGAAUAACAACCAUAAAAAUAACGGAAAUAGAUUGCACAGGCAACAUCAAUAUUAAUGUAAGCGAAUUGUGAGAAGCUCGGGGGCUCUUUCUGUAGCCUUGCAAAUGAACUUACAGUCAUUCAAGGGUUCAGCUGCCCCCCCAAUUAAAUCCCCUGAUCUGAAACUGGAUUGUAGAUUUACAAUAUUAUAUUUUAAAUUGCUGUCUUCAAUUAAACCAUUAUGGCCAUAACUAAUUUUCAGGAUGCCGAUGCAUGCUUUUCCAGGCCUUCCAUCUUUGUACAAAAGUAAAUGUCCAUAAAGCGUUUCACUUAUAUUUUUUCAAACGUGAUGCUAAUUUAAAUUAAUUACUUCCUAUGAUAUAUUAUUAUUCUAUAAUUUUGCUACUGUCAUUAGUUCUCUCAAAAAUACAUCUAGAAAAGAGAAUUAUUUUAUGUAAUGUGAUUAUCUUUCUAUCUCUUUUAUUUAUUUCUCAUUUACUUAAGAAAUUCGUUCCAUUGGCUGGCGUUGAUACAGUAAAUUUGUAAAUGAGGAGACAAUAUAAAAAAUCUAAAUUACUUGUGCUUAAUGACUGUGGCAGAACGCCUUUUCUCUAAAUCAGAUUGUCUUUCUUGCAGUUUAGUUUGAUAGAUUUGCAAGCUAUGCUGCUUCGGAGAAGUUAGGUUCUCUGGUAGGGAUGCUGGUUUCUUUGUCUCUUGUUGUCGCUUGCAUGAUCGCCCCAUUAGGCAGACAACGUAGCUAGAACUCACAAAUCAGGCCCUUGGCUAUGGCUGCAGGGGUGUAGAUGUGUUAGGAGUCAGGGGAAGCAUGAUUCUGCUUCUCCACUGUCCUCUGUAUGUCCUGCAAGUUACAGGCCUAAGGAGACCCUUCUGAGAGCUUUACAUGUGUUUCACAGCAAUAGCAACUUGAGAAACUAAACCACUAGCUAAUUAUACAAUAAAAAUAUUAUCAUCGUGAAAGACACCUCUUGCUACUUGUAUUUCUCACGUUUAGUCAACAAAGUCUUAUUUACGGAUAAAAGGUUUUGCUGUGUUAACUUCAUCAGUUUCUUUUUUAAUAGAAAAGGGUGGGGAUAUUGAUGUUUAACUGUAAAGAACAAAGUUUCUCUGCUUAUAACAGCGAUAUUGGAUAUUGGCCUUUUGUACAAAGAGCGCUAUCUUGUAAAAUUUGUUGAGAUUUUGGAAAGUUAAAUACCUAAGGAAGAGUUGCUGUCAACCCUAAAAAAAAUUGUUACAUUAAAACCUGGAUCUCAGUAGCUUUGGAGGUUGAAGACUGAUCAACAGUGUUGCAUUUAAAGUGACAGUAGACAGUGAGCCCAACAUUAAACACAGGAAGAGGAAUAGAGAGUUCAUCUUUCUAGGAACAACAACAGAUCCAUUAAUAAUCUUUCCCUCUUUUUAUUAAAGAUGAGGGUUUUCUGGGAAACUGUUGUGUAUAUGAUGAUAGUUUUAACAGCACUUUUGUGAUUUUCUCAGAGCAUUUAAGAAGACAGCAUAGGAGUUUAUCUUUGAUUUGACUAUUUCUAAAUUUAAGUUUACUUCGAAUUUGAAAUUCUGUCUGAUUGUUAUGUACCUGGUGCUCUUUUGCUUUAAUAUUAUAGUAUAAUGAUCAAACAUCACACUAUGACAUAUGAUUUACAUAAACUAUUUAAAAUACAUAUUAGAAAUAAGUGAGUUUUCUUUUCAAAUUUCAGAAAUUCAUGUAGAUUUUUAAGGUCAAAUAAUUUUAUUACCACUUGAGAACCCCCUGUAUGUAUUUAUGAAUAAUCUCACAGCAAAGGAACUUUUAUAAUAAGAGACAACAUUUAUGUCAAUCCCCCUUUGCAUUGUUUUCUCUAAUGUCCUCCACAAAGAAAAAGUCAUUAAUGAUGUAAGUCACCAAAAUAAUGCUUUAAACUUAAAUGUAGUCUAUUAUUUUGCUGGCACCUUUAAUGUCUGCUUCUUGAGAUGUAUUCUUCAUACUUUUCUUCAUGGGCUAUUAGGUUUUGAAAUACAUGAAUGUGAACAGUGAAAUAUAUUGUUAGACUCUAUUUAGCAGGAGCUGAAGACUCUGCAAAUGGCUGGUUUCUAUGUGUAGUUGUGGAUUUUGAUCUAGGCAGAAGGCCAUAUUGGUUCAUAUUGCAUACUGCAUUGUAUUCUGGAUACUACCAAAUGAUUAGGACAGCUAACAAGUUAUUAAAAUGUUAUUUUGUGUCAACAGAAAA